AGGGAGAGAGAGGAGAGAGGAGAGAGAGGAGAGAGGAGAGAGGAGAGAGAGGAGAGAGGUGUCUUCCAGCGGCGAUGGAGUCUUCACCGUAUGCGUGGGAGGAAUUCGAGAGGGCGGCGUCGGGUAUGGGGAUGGGAGUUGUGGGAGGAGUGGAUAGUGCUUCUGGGAUGGGAGCGAGGCUUUUCUUUCUGCUAGGAGGAGGAGGAGGAGGAGGAGGAGGAGGAGGAGGAGAGGGAGGAGAUGGAAGAGGAGGAGGCAGGGAAGGAGUAGAAACAGGGAUGGAAGGAGUGGGAGGAGUAGGCGGAGGAGUAGGCGGAGGAGUAGGAGGAUUGGCUGUUGUAGUAGGGGGAUUGGCGGGAGAAGCGGGUGGGUACGGAAUGGUGGAUGAAGCGGGGGGGGGGUUGCCCCUGCGGCGAGCGGGGGCGCUUGGAGGCCACGUGGCUUCGUCGGAUUAUGCUGACAUGGCAGCUGAGGAUGAGGAAGAUGGGUUUGUUGAUGGAAUGGCGGACGGUCAUGGUGGCGACGGCCAAGGUGGGGGGGGUGGGGGUGUCAUUGGGGGCGGGCGGACGAGCGGAGUUGGUAGGAGAAGUGGGGGAGCAGUCGCAGGAGUUGCGUUUGCGGAGGGAAUGGAGGUGGAUGCAUCAGCAGCCGAGGGCGAGGGAGGGGAAGAGGGGGAGGAGGAGGCGAGAGGAGAGGAAGAUGAUGAAGGGGACGAUGAGGAUUAUGAAGGAGAGGAGGAUGGAGGGGAUGGGGAGGAGUACGACGAUGAGGAGGAGGAGUUUCGCCUCCAGUUUGACAAGAGCGUGGAUCCGUUGUCCUUCGCCGAUCACGACGACCCUGGGGAGUCGCUCGAGCAAUUCAGCCGCAUGCAGUAUGAGGCUCUGGCGGAGCGCAAGCGGAAAGCCCGAGCGGCUGGUGGAUAUGGCGGCGGCGGCGGAAGAGGCGGGGUAGGAGGGGGAACAACUGGUACAGGCGUGGGGGGGAGCGGCAAUCGCGGGCGGUAUUCCGCCUCCGCCGGCGGCGGAACGGGUUUUACAGACGCCGGCGAGGAGAGCGGGAUGAUGUACGGCAGCUGCGGAGGAGGAGCCGGGCAUGGUGGUGGUCCCGCGCCGCCGCCGUGGCUGGCGGCCGCCGCCGCCGGGGUGGGAGGGGAUAUUGCCGCGGAGUGUUUUGACUCUUACGCUAGAGGCGGUGGCGGCGGCGGCCGACAGGGCAAGAAGGGCAUGAAGAGGAGGGGGAGGAAGAAAGGCCCCGCGGCGAAGCGCGUCUCCGGUCUCCCUGCCUUGCCGCCCGACGUGACACGUAAGCUUGGAGAAGCUAAUCUCGCCUACGCGACGGGGAAGUACCGUGAUGCUAUCAAUUUGCUUGUGAGUGUCGUCCGCACCGCUCCUAAUGUGCCCGACUCUUAUCAUACCUUAGCCCUGGUGUACGAGGCUAUGGGGGACAAGAAGAAGGCGCUCAACUUCUCCAUGAUUGCCGCCCACUUGACCCCUAAGGACGCGGCUUUGUGGAAGCGAUUGUCGGCUUGGUCGAUCGAACAAGGUAAUUUGUCCCAAGCUAUCUACUGUCUGACGAAGGCCAUUCGGAGCGACGCGAACGAUAUCGAUGCAAGAUGGGAUCGCGCUUUGCUCUACGCGGAAAUCCAAGAUUAUCGGCGCGCAGCGGAGUCGUUUGAGCAAAUGCACUCCAUGCGCCCGUCCGACUGCGAGAUCGUCAAGAUGCUUGCGCGCAUGUAUCACAAGCUGGGUCAGCCUCAAAAGGCCGUGACCGUCUUGGAGGGCUUGAUGACUAAUUACCCGACGGAGAUCGAUCUGACGGCCGUCAACAUUUUGGCGGAGCUGCACAUGGAGUGCGGUGCUUUCACUGCCACGGUGGACCUCAUGAAGCGCGCAAGGGCCUUCUGCCCCGACAACACCCUCCCCCUAGACCUGAGCGUCAAGGAGGGGAUCUGCCAUGCCUACCUGGGGAACACCCACGAGGCCGAGCGGCUGUUCGAGGACCUCAGGGGAGAAGGAGGUGUGGAAGAGUAUCCCGACCUGUUCAUGGAUGUUGCCGACAUGUACUGGGAAGUGAACAGCCCCGAAACGGCUCUUAGGUAUUACAAGAUCCUGCAGACUUGUGCGGCAUACGAUCAGCCGGCGCUGUGGUUGAAGAUGGCCCGGUGUCAUGAGGCGAGUAACGACAAGGAGGCGGCAAUCAACAUGUAUCAGUACGUGAUCUCGGAGCAACCGGACAACGUGCAGGCACGUGUCAGCAUGGCAGAGCUCCUUAGAGACGUCGGCAGGGUAGAUCAGGCUUUGCUCGUCCUGAUGGCUCCUUCUCCCCCUCCCUCCCCGCGUGCUUCUUGCCAAGAUCAGGACAAGGACCACCCCCCCCACCCUCGCAAGCAAGCUGGCGAUGGAAGGGGAGGAGGAGGAGGAGGAGGAGAUUACGAACGGAGUCGUCGUCGACCUACUCGCCUUGGAGCUGAUGACGUUGCGGCUAUGGCGGCGGGGGGCAAUAGGAGGGGUGGUGGAAGGUACCUCGGGAAUGCCGGCGAUGGCUAUCCCGAAGCCGAAGAAGAAGAAGGAGAACAAGGUGAAGAAGAAGGAGAAGAAGAAGAAGAAGAAGAAGAGGGAGACAAUGGUCAGGGCGGUCAAAAGGGUGAUGCCGAAGGGGCUAGUACCAGGAAGGAUGGUGGUGGUGGUGAUGGUGGGAGAGGUUUGACGAAGAAGUGGCGAUGGUGGACGGAUACGAAGGUGGUGACACUGCGCGCCAGCUUGCUCUACUCGAUGAACAAGUACGAGUUGUUCCUGGAGGGAUGCUUGCCGUUGAUUCAGAAGACGAUCCAGAUCGAGCGAGCCAAUCUGAGGCUGAGAAAGAUGAGCUCUUUCAACGCGAACGUCGGUCGAUCGGAGAAGAGAAAUCUUGAGAGAUCAAGGAACGUUCAGGAGGAGCAAGAGACUCAUGGCCAAACCAGGAGUUUGUUUCGCGGGUAUGAAGGGCGGCACACAGCCAACGCGAGGAAGAGGGAAGCGAGGCAGAAGAAGACGGCGGCCAUGAGGGCAGCAGCGCAGCAGCCGGCAGUUGGCAGCAGCAGCAGCCCCCACGUGACCGCAGCAGCAGCAGCUGCUGCUGCCGCUGUCGCUACAGCCGCUGAAGCAGCGGCAUUAGCAGCAGACAGAGGAGCAAGGGGCGAUGGGAGAGGUGGUUGGGUGGAGAGAGAGCACCGUGGCAACCUGUCGAGGGAAGAGAACAGGAAGAAGAAGAGCCACAAGCGGCGGUUCGGCAGCAGCAGCAGCAGGAGCUUACGUGACCGCCAAGGGCGUAGAGGCGGCGGCCAUCAUGAUCAUGAUGAUGAUGAUGACGAUGAUGAUGAUGAUGAUGAUGGGCAAAGAAGAGGGAUCAUGAUGGGGGGCGGUGAACAUGGCAGCAGGUUGGAAGCGGCGGGGGAUUCAGAUAGUGAGGAGGAUGACCGGCGGCAGAUGGAAGAGCAGGAAGGGGAGCUGCUGCUGGAAGAUCGGCCAAGUGGCAGCAGCAGCGAGGAUAGCGGGGAGUUUGUCGAUCUGCCUAGGCAUGUUGAUGAGAAGACGGCCCCUUUGCCGGGUCUGCUGAAGGAGGAAGAACCGUACAGACUGCUUGUGCAAACAAUCAAGGUGUUAAUGGCGUUUCGUAGGUACAAAGAGGCCGCAGAGAUGGUCCAUCAUGCCCUCUAUGUAGGCAGACAUUUGCCCAGGGAGCACAGGAAUCAGCUCAAGCUGAUGGCGGUCGGCAUCGCCUACAAUAGCGACGAAGGUCGAUACGGCGACGAGAGCAUUCGCUACGUCAUCUGGCAGAGACCCUACAACAACAGCAUCUGGAACCUGUAUAACCGAAUUUCCACCAGGGGCCAAUGCCAAAGAGAGAAGAACCAAAAAUUCAUGCUCAGAGUCAGAGCCAAGUGGACCGACUGUGUGCCCGCGAUGAUCGUCUCCGCGCAUCAACUUGCGCUCAAGGGGUUGUAUCAAGGAGCCCUGAGGGAGUACCUGCGCGCAUACAGAGCGAUGCCAGACGAGCCCUUUAUCAGCCUGUGCCUGGGGGUGGCCUUCCUCCACCUGGCUGUGGGUUCCAGGGUGGCCAAUCGCAACCUGUGCAUUCUGCAAGCCUUCGCCUUUCUGUACAAAUACCAGGGUCUGACGAACAAAAGCCAAGAGUCAAACUACAACAUUGCGCGCGCGUACCAUCACGUCGGCCUGGUUCAUCUAGCGGUGCCGUACUACGAGAGAGUACUGGGCCAGGAGGUGGAAGUGGAAUGGCAGGCGCCCGCGAGGGAGGAAGAGAGCCUGGUCACCAAGAUCUCGAGGGCGUGGCUCAGUGGCAACGACCGCGGGAUGCAAAUAACCAAAGAGUCGUGCGACCUCAAAAAAGAGGCAGCCCAUAACUUGGCCUUGAUAUACCGAAAGAGCGGCUCCGACGUCUUGGCGAAGUCUAUUCUUCGCAGAUACGCAAGCAUCUAAAAGUUGAUCUAACCUUGAUUGUCU